CGCCUCAAUAGAAGUUUGCCAGGCUAUAUAGAAAAUAUGAACUCGCCGUUCACGACUCGCCGAAAGCCGCGAAAGAUUGGCAGCGAGGAUGCUACGACGGAGCAAGAUAAUGGACCAGUUGUUAAAAGACCGGGAAGCUUGAAAUCGAAACAAAAAUCGAAACUCCGCCUCUCAUUCGGGCCCGGCGAGACUUCGAUGACAGAUGAUGGCGGCGAAAGUAGCGAGGUUAUUACUCCCAAGAGACCAGGUCUUGGUCGUCGCGUGCUCGAGAAAAACACAUUUCAGAAAGCAGCAAACGCGAGUGGAUCCAAUCAGCAUCUUCCGUUUCGAGUUGGGCAAGAUCAAGAUAGACCUAUAUACGGAGAAGAUUACAUCAAGGAAUUACGAAGCUCGACGCCUUCCACACCCAAACCCGCAGAUAGUGAGUCGGCGGAGGUGAAGAAUGAACGAAAUUUCAUUGAUAUUGCGGCCAAAUUUGGCGAGAUAAUGGAAACAUCCAGUGCCACAGUCAUACCUAGUGAGGCAGAGAUUCGAGAGAAAAAAGCCCGCAGAGCGAGGCUGGCUAACGAGCAGGAAUAUAUCUCUUUGGAUGACCGGGAUGAGGCUGAAGAUGAUGGUACAGCCUUGGACUCUCGAAAAGAACAGACUCGCCUAGUUCCAGAUGACGAGGACUUUGCGGAAGGGUUUGACGAGUUCGUCGAGGAUGGGAAGAUAUCUCUUGGUCGAAAGGCUGAGCGGGAACAGCAACGAAAAAAUCGCGAGCAAAUGCGCGAAAUGAUUAACGAGGCAGAGGCAGGCUCGGAAGAGGAGGACUCGGAUGCAGAGCGUAAUGCUGCCUACGAGGCUGCGCAGACUCGCGCUGGUAUGGACGGGUUGGGUCAUGACCGAGAUGAUACGAGUCGAUCGAAAACGCCGCCAAAGAUCGCCCCCUUACCCAAUCUACCUAGUGUUAUAAGCCGUCUUCGUACAUCGCUAGCAGAAAUGGAGAGUUCCAAGAAAGCCUUGGUCGAUCGCAUGGAAGAGCUACGAAAGGAGAAAGCCGACAUUGCAGUCCGCGAAGUUGAAAUUCAGACGCUCAUCAAGGAAGCUGGCGAACAUUACGAGAAGCUGCGAGUGGAAGCUGGCCUCAUUCCGGGAGAAAAGGGAUUGCCUGGAGAUGUUUCUUCGACUGGCCGAGGCUUGGAGAGUUUGGGAACGUCUUUAGUAGCAUCUCGAACUGAUUCCGAAGUUGAACCACCACGUUUACGCCAGCGCUCCGAUGCCAACCCUAUUGAAUUGUUCUACGAUGUGUUCCUCGUCGCUAAUCUCGCCACGUUCUCUGCUACCCACGAAAUAAACAAUAUCCAAGCGGUGUGGUCAUAUGUCGGGUUUGUGGGCAUCAUUUGGUUCACAUGGCUCCAAGUUACUCUUUUCGAUAUACGGUUUUCUCGCGAUUCAAUCUUUGAGCGCAUCUGCAAGGUCGUCCAGUUGUCUGCUAUGGUUGGCUUUGCCUCGGCUGGAUCGCGGUUCUCCUCGCAGAUCAAAGCUGAGAAUGUCUGGGCUUUCAGAUCUCUGUCGAUAUUGCUUUCUGGAAGCCGCUUCAUGCUUGCAUUGCAGUAUGGCAUUAAUCUUUGGCUCAUUUACGGGAAAUUACGUACGGCAGUGAAAGGGAUGUCUGUAAUUAUCGGCCUGCAUAGCAUCACCGGGAUCUCAUACUUGAUAAUGUUUCUGGCGUUGAAGCCAAGCGAGCCCUAUAUCUGGCUAGUUUGGUUUGGCCUGUUUCUGUUCGAGUCUCUGGUGGUAAUUACUACGUCAAACUAUAGCCCGGGCAUUGAACUUGAUGAUACUCACCUUACGACGAGAAUGGGAUUGUUGACCUUGAUCAUUAUUGGUGAGCAUGUGAUUUCUGUGACUAGGAUCGUAAACAAAAUGAUUGCUGGUGGCGGUUGGACAUUUGCAUCUCUACUGCAUGUUAUGGGCGUUGUGACAACUGUGUAUCUUCUUUGGCAUUCAUAUUAUGAUAUUUCCCCACGACAAUCCUAUGGAAAGAUACGACAGCAGAUAUGGACUCAGUUGCACUUUCCGUUCCAUGUAUGCAUAAUUCUUUCAUCCGAAGCAUGUCAAAUUUUAGCUUUAGCUCUGGAUAUCUCGCUAAAGCUACGAUAUUUGCUGGAAACUACCAAUUUUGCAUGCGAGGAACCGCGACCAGCUAUAAAUUCGGCGUUAAAUCUGCUUAACCGCACGAUCACCGACAUGGAAAUCGAUUACACAAAAGCGCCUCAUGAAAAGGCAGCUAUACACCACGUGCUCGGAACUCUAUGGAAUCAAACGAACAUCUGUUCAAGCGCGAAUUCCACUGGGGCCAAGGCGUACGGUAUCAACGAGGAGCAAGGACGAUUCCUUACAGGAAAUGUGACGGUUGCUCUCUUCUCGAGUAUGGGUAUUACGCUUGAAGAUCCAGACUCCACGAGCUCCGCGGGCAUGCAGUAUGUGAAACUGUACCUUAGCCUCCUUGCCUUUGUCUACGUCUAUUAUUUUAUCACUGUUGGUCUGGAAAUGCUGCACUUUGCCAUCUUUGCAACAUUGACAAGCCGGCAUCCCAGACCUUGGUUCAAUGCAAUUGCUGUGGCCUUUCGGGUUGUCUGCGCAGUCAUAUUGAUAUCUCAAAUUGCUUUUGCAGAAAACUUCGACUUGACUUACAGAUAUAUGACGCAUCCUAUUAUUCUAUAUACGUUCUCUUUGACAAUGCUAGCUGUUCUACUUGUCGAUCGCCUGCUGGACAUACUCGCAUCGCCAGAGUGGUCGAAGGGCAAUGUAUGUCGACAGAGUAGCACACGCAGUACUGCACCGAUGUUACUCGACGACCAGGAAGCUAAUAAAGGUUCUAAUGAAAAGAACGAAGGAGCUUCCGCCUGUGGCUACGAAAGAGAGUGA